GAAGAACUUGAAGAAUCUGUAUUUGGUUCAUCCCACAAACUUUAUUAAGAUAAUUUUAUUACUAUUUAGACCAAUAAUUAGUGCCAAGUUUGGCAAAAAGAUAAUGUAUGUGAACUAUCUCCAUGAACUCAGAAAGUAUAUCCACAUUGACCAAAUAAACAUUCCAGAGAGAGUACGAGAGCAUGAUGCACAACUGAUAGAGAAGCACCAGCCCCGCCCUGCCAGGACAGCCAGCCAGGACAAACCAGCCUUAGACACUCAGCAGUUUGGAGUGACUUUAAAAUUUAUCAAAGAGCAACAUGGAGGAGAGGUCAUUCCCCCUGUAGUGAAACAGUGUGUGGAGUUUUUAAAAGAACAUGGUCUUGAGGUGGAAGGAAUAUUUAGAAGAUCUGCUAAUGCACACUUAAUCAAAGAAAUGCAGCAAAAAUUCAAUGAAGGCCAAGAAAUAGACUUAGCAGAAUAUGACAUCAAUAUUCCUGCAGUGCUGCUGAAGUCAUUCCUCAGAGAACUCCCAGAACCAAUUAUGACCUUUGAACUUUAUCCAAAACUCAUGAACUUACAUGCCUUGAACAAGGAUGCUCAGAUAGUUGAAGCCCAGAAGUUACUUUUGACAGAGCUGCCAGAGGAGAAUUAUUUUGUACUAAAGUACAUUUUAGAGUUUAUAACAUGGGUGGCAGCCAAAGCAGAUCUGAACAUGAUGACAGCAUUGAACCUAGCUAUUGUAUUCGGUCCUAACUUGAUCUGGUCCCGGAACCAAGCCUCUAUUGCCAGCCUGACACAGAUCAACUCCUUCACUAAACUGUUGAUAGACCAUUUUGAAGAACUGUUUACAAAAUGAUGUGAUUAUGAAGCAUUGAGUGAAGCUUUUUUUUUUCUGCUUUUGUGGAGACUUUCAGCUGUAAAUAGUAUCAAGUUUGAAUUGCUGCACAGAAUGAUGAAGUUGUAUUGGAAACAUUCCACUUUAAGGAAACUGGCAUAAGCAAGCAAAGAAAGUGUGACACCACAAAGAGCAUGGUUUUAUUUUGUGAUGAUGGGUUUCUUCAUAAGACUGGACAAAAAAUUAAGCUGAGUGUCUAAAAAUAUACAACAUCUCUUGAAACAUUUGAGAAGUGUGUUUAUGUGAGAAUGUUAUAUCUGUUAUAAUGAGAGAACAAUUGGAACUGCAUUGAUUGGUUUUGAACUGUUUUAAAAUUCUUCACAGGGGUGUUUAUGAGAAAUAAUAACCAUAUGUAGGGCCCCAUUCAACAGAUUUUGCUCCUUAUGAGAUGUUUUAAUAUUUUAAACUACUUGUUGUUUGUUCCUAUAAAGUGUACAUAUUGAGAAUUGACAGGUGUGGGUCCACAGUUAAUCUAUGCAGUUUUGUAUGGCUGCUUUUCCACAAAAGUUUCAAUACUGCUAAAGAUGACAAGUGUCUGUGCUAACCUGUUUUGCGUGUUUUUGUAGGGAGAUAUGUAGGGGCUGGGGUAGCACUAGCAAAUUUUUUCACUACGCCAAAUCACUAUUUUUUCAUCACUUUUUCCUCUAUAUGCUUUAAAUUUGACUAAAACAAAUCAAACCAACCCUAUUUUGUGUAGCCAAUUUAACACCCCAUUUCCAUAGAUUUUUAGAUCGAUCUAUCCCUGUGGGGAGUUUCACUAGAUUACU